AUGAAUUGCUCCAACCUCCAGAUCCUUGAGUUGGGUAGCAAUAAUCUGGUCGGCAAUAUAUUGUCCAUCCCUCCUACAGUUCAUUGGCUCAACUUACGUGAUAAUAAUUUUGGGGGGAAAUUACCUUCUCCCACAAACAGUUCGUCUUUAAUAUCUCUUGACCUAUCAAAUAACUAUUUUGUGGGAUCAUUACAUAAUUUGGUUUGUUCCGAUGGUGUGAAGAAGACCAAAUAUUUGAGUUUGGGAUAUAAUCAGUUAUCGGGUAUUAUUCCAGAGUGUUGGGAGAAGUGGUCGAGCUUGGUACUCUUAUGGUUAAGUGGUAAUUAUUUGUCAGGUGAGAUUCCAAGAACAUUGGGGUCUAUACCUUUGUUGCAAUUUUUAGCCAUAAGUCGGAACAAGAUUUCAGGAGGAUUACCUUCUUCCCUAUUGAAUUUGUCAUACUUAAAGGUCCUUGACCUUGGAAGAAAUAAUCUUGCGGGAAUCAUUCCACCAUGGAUUGGAAUAAAACUCACUAUGUUGAAAAUUCUCAAUCUUAGAUCCAACAAUUUUUACGGAAAUGCUCCUGACCAGCUAUGUUAUCUUUCACAAGUUCAAGUCUUGGAUCUUGCUGAUAAUAACCUCUCAGGAAAUAUUCCUAGAUGCUUCAACAACUUUAGUGUGCUUUCGGGCAAAGAAACUAAUUUAGAGGUUCAAUUAUUAUUCUAUCUUGACGAUCACUCCUUUCUUGUUGGUGAUGAAUUGGUGAUGAAGGGAAAAGAAGCCACUUAUAGAUCUUUUCUAGGGCUAGUCAUGCUUUUGGACCUUUCGAGCAACAAGUUUUCAGGGCAGAUCCCUAGUGAGCUUACGACCCUCCACAAGUUAAAAUCAUUGAAUUUAUCAAGAAAUCAAUUGACAGGAGAGAUCCCGAAUAAGAUAGGAGACAUGAAAUCACUUGAAUCUUUGGAUUUAUCGGUAAACAAUCUUUCUGGGGAACUUCCUAUGAGUUUGUCAGGGUUGAAUUUCUUGAGUAGCUUUAACGUGUCCUACAACAAUUUGACAGGAAGAAUUCCAACAGGUACACAAAUUCAAAGCUUUAAUGAGUCCGGUUUCAUUGGAAACAAACUUUGUGGAGCUCCACUAACUAAUGAUUGUGUACACGGUGACAAACUUGACACAACUAGCGACCAAAAAGAAGACGGUGGAUCACACAAAGUAGAUUGGGGGUUGAUCAUUAGCAUAGCUCUUGGAUUUAUUAUUGGGUUUUGGGGCAUUGUGGUUUCAUUAAUGCUCAACAGAUCAUGGAGAAUCACAUAUUUCCGUCUCUUGUUGAAAUUGAUCAAGGUAUAA